GGAAAUUAGUUAUCCUUUUCCACCUUCCGUUGUUGGACUAGCUUGGAUCUGCGAUUGGAGUUCAUGUUCUGGUAAAGGAGAACUCCGCUCUCCAUCUCCUGAGAAUCCCUCACUAAGCUAUGGAUGCAUCUCAGCCCAGCGGGGCCGAGGCCUCUGCUAAGGUAAUAGACGGCAAAUUGGUGGCCCAGCAAAUCAGAGAAGAGAUAGCUGCCGAAGUAUCGAGGAUGAAGGAUGCGAUCGGAGCUGUUCCUGGGCUUGCAGUGAUCCUCGUCGGGGACAGGAAGGACUCCGCGACUUACGUGCGGAACAAGAAGAAAGCUUGCGAAGCUGCUGGGAUCAAUUCGUUCGAAGUGCGGCUGCAGGAGGAUUCGGCCGAGGCUGAAGUUCUCAAGCACAUCGCGGCUUUCAAUGACGACCCUGCAGUUCAUGGCAUUCUUGUCCAGUUGCCCCUACCAAAGCAUAUGAAUGAAGAGAACGUCUUGAAUGCUGUUAGCAUUGAGAAAGAUGUAGAUGGUUUCCACCCUUUGAAUAUUGGCCGGCUCGCAAUGCGGGGACGAGACCCGCUGUUUGUUCCUUGUACUCCGAAAGGGUGCAUCGAGUUGUUGCGUAGAUCGGGGGUUCAGAUCAGUGGGAAGAGAGCAGUGGUGAUUGGCCGGAGUAACAUAGUGGGCAUGCCAGCUGCUCUGUUACUUCAGAGGGAGGAUGCUACUGUAACUAUCGUGCACUCUAGGACCAAGAAUCCUGAAGAGAUUGUGAAACAAGCAGACAUUGUAGUCUCUGCUGUAGGUCAGUCCAACAUGGUGAGAGGGAGUUGGUUAAAGCCUGGUGCCGUCGUCAUUGACGUUGGAAUCAAUGCUGUUGAGGAUGCAUCGUGCUCUCGUGGGUAUAAAUUGGUCGGGGAUGUUUGCUACGAGGAAGCCAGCAAAGUUGCAUCUGCAGUAACUCCUGUACCAGGGGGAGUUGGUCCAAUGACCAUAGCAAUGCUUCUUUCCAAUACUCUCGCCUCUGCAAAAAGGAUACACAACUUUCAGUGACAUUGUCUUUCACCUCUCAUCGUUGAAUUGAACGUUCUGGUGGUAGCUCAUCAGUUUAUGGCCUCCACUUUCCAUCUCAGGAAGCGAUCAGUUGAAACCAUAUCUACACAGUCCAUAACCAGGUUACUCUCCGCAGCUGGAUGUUUGUUCGACAGUCUGAAAUAAGAACAAGCUGUGUACUGAGAUCGUGCAGUGUUUUUCUGUUUUUUCGCAACUACAAGAUGAAGAAACUCAUUUAGCACGAUCCUGGAUGGCCUAUGGCUCCGCAGACAAUGUGAUGCUUAUUACUGUGCAUAGAUAUUUCAUUCUGUUAGUCGUUUUGUUUGGUCACAGUGCAUGAACUGUAACACGUGAUUCGCUAAGAAUGCAAAAUGGGAAAAGCGAGCAACUUUAAUAUGUGCUACGAAGUUCUCUUUUUUUGUUAUUCUUCUUAGCAAGUGUCAUUUUUUACACCUUGGUCAAACAAACUCCUAUAUGAAUUCCUCAACCUCUUUAAGAGUGUUCCGCACUCCAAUAGAAAGC